GGCGCCAUCGAUACAAGGCGUAUGCAACGAUUGCGAUAACGAAACGACAAUAAUAUUGUUCGGCGAUGAAAGAAAAAAGUUACUCGGAACUUUAUGUAUGCCAAAUGAUACGAUACAGUUCGCGCAACUGUGUAAUUGUGAAAAAAAUGAAUGCGCUUGUUUUGAUUUGUUGUGAUCACUUUGGCCUUGCAGAAUAGUCGAGAAGUAUAAUUAACUACUGCUGUCGCGAUCAAAUGGAUUUAUAGAUAAUUAAUUUUUACUUCAGGGACAUGGCGAACAAAAGAAUGCAGCAGUUGCCGUAACGAGGCAAACGUCAAAUCGGUUUUCCGAUUAAAUCGCAAUUGAUUAAGCUUCUGGCUUCAAAAUUUUCCGUUCUAACAAUCCUCGUAAACUUCUUGGUGUGCGAAACGCUAUUUCAGCCACGGAAUGACUGUAGAGAAAAUGUGAUAAAUCCAUUAAAAGAUUCGCAUAAAAUUUCCAAAGAAAAUCCAAUAAAGGAAAUCAGCGCUUGACGAUAUGGGGCAAACUAUGGGCAGGAUGCCGGACACGUGGCAGGAACUCAUGGAAGAGAGAGACCGUGUUAUACACUGGAGUUCUGAAGUGUUGGCGAGAGUGCAGGAUAAUGUUACGAACGAAGAUACGUUCCUGAUGGACUACGAUGACAAUAAGAUUAACGCUAAGCUCGAUACAUGGAUUAAAGCUAAUCAGACGCGUGUUGAUGAUACGUUCAGCAAAUAUCCAAACGCAACGGAUCAAUCGAAAAGCGUGGUUCAAACUGGAGUUGAAAAGCUCACCGAAGAUAUCCGUGCAAAAAUUCGUAAGGAUUAUCAGAGCGCGUACAGCGACUUAAAAAAAUUCAAUAAGAAGGUGGAUCAGUUAGGCGAGGACGAAAGAAAAAUUCACGCUGAGAUACAAAAGCUGGAGGAGGAAUGUGCGGGAGAUACGCAGAAGUUUCAAAAGAAAUUCGGGCCGUUGCGAGUGAAAGUUUUCGAUAAUUUAAGAACCGGCGAGAAAAUGAUAUUCCAAGACAAGAAGCUGAAGACUGAUUUUACAAAAAAAGUCUACGAUAUUGAUCACAAAAUCUCUGCCGAUUGCACGAAGCGGUUCGACAAAUUGCUCAAAGACUUUGAGAAAAGUGUGGCGAAACAGAGAACGUAA